UUUACACUUUCCCCGCCGAGAUAAUCACCCCAACACCACACCGCCAUGAAUCCCCCCGCCACCGGUACCGCAACGGUGACGGACAUCCUCAAAACCCCAAAGUUUGUCAAAUUUACUGCCAUUGCCCUCCUUUCCAUCUCCCUUCUAUUCCUUUUCACUCGUUUCUCCUCUUCCUCCUUCUCUUUCCCUUACCCUUCGCCGUUACUCUCAUCUUCCUCUUCCCCGAUCUCUCCCUCUCUCUCAGUCCCUCUGGAGAUCUUGUCUCCUUCUCUGACACCGCCACUGCCAUCACCUCCUCCUCCACCGCUUCCACCCGCGGUGCGAUUGACCGGAAUAAUUGAUGAAAAUGGAGCUAUGUCCGAGAGCUUCUUGAUUGGGGAUUUGGACUCAAACUCUACUAGCUUCACCGACGUGUUGGGCGAGGGGGAAGAGGAAGGGAGCGAAAAGGAGAAGAAGAGUGUUCCUGAAGUCAGGGUUAGGAUUGCAAAAUACGAGUCCUGUGAUGUGAGCAAGAUAGACUAUGUACCCUGUUUGGACAAUGACGAAGCCAUUAAGGAGUUGAUUAACAGCACCAGAGGGGAGAGGUUCGAGCGGCAUUGUCCCACUGAAGGCAAAGCUUUGAAUUGUUUGGUACCACGGCCGGCAGGGUACCGGACUCCGAUUCAAUGGCCACAGAGUCGAGACGAGGUUUGGUUCAGCAACAUUCCCCAUACCCGACUUGUUGAAGAUAAAGGUGGGCAGAACUGGAUCUCAAUAAAAAAUGAUAAGUUCAUUUUUCCUGGAGGUGGCACACAAUUCAUUCAUGGGGCAGAUCAAUACUUGGACCAAAUUUCUAAGAUGGUUCCUGACAUGGGUUUUGGGCUCCACACCCGUGUUGCUCUAGACAUUGGUUGUGGAGUAGCAAGUUUUGGUGCCUUUCUGCUACAGCGCAAUGUCACUACUAUGUCAAUAGCACCAAAGGAUGUUCACGAGAACCAAAUUCAGUUUGCACUCGAGCGUGGAGUACCUGCUAUGGUUGCAGUGUUUUCCACACGCCGCUUGUUGUAUCCAAGUCAGGCAUUUGACUUAAUACAUUGCUCAAGAUGUAGAAUUAAUUGGACUCGUGAUGAUGGAAUUUUGCUUCUUGAGGCCAGCAGGAUGCUAAGGGCUGGCGGAUAUUUUGCCUGGGCAGCACAGCCGGUGUAUAAGCAUGAAGAGAAUCUACAAGAGCAAUGGAAAGAAAUGGAAGACCUUACUAAGCGCAUUUGUUGGGAACUCGUAAGAAAGGAGGGGUAUCUUGCCAUAUGGCAAAAGCCUUUAAACAAUAGCUGCUAUCUUAAUCUUGAUGCUGGAGCGCGACCUCCUCUGUGUGAUUCCAAUGAUAAUCCAGAUAAUGUUUGGGAUGUUAGUUUGAGGGCAUGCAUUACUCCAUUGCCCGAGAAUGGUUAUGGAUCUAAUGUUAGCACAUGGCCUAUGCGCCUUCAUUAUCCACCAGACAGGCUUCAGAGCAUAGAAAUGGAUGCUUCCAUCUCAAGAAAGGAACUAUUCAGGGCAGAGUCUAAAUACUGGUAUGAAAUAAUUGAUAGCUAUGUACGUGCUUUUCGUUGGAAGGAGAUGAAACUACGGAAUGUGAUGGACAUGAGGGCUGGAUUUGGAGGGUUUGCAGCUGCAUUGCAUGAUCUUCAGAUUGAUUGCUGGGUUAUGAAUGUGGUCCCUGUUAGUGGAUUCAAUACCUUGCCUGUUAUCUAUGACCGGGGACUCAUUGGAGUUGUGCAUGACUGGUAAGAAGUCCAAUGUGCAUUCAACUCUACUUUUCAAAUAUGAUAUAACAUUUCCCAGUGGAACCUAUGAGAAUUCCAGCAUACAAUUUUCAAUAAGUAUCCUACAUUUUUAUUUCCAAGGGGUCUGGUUACCAAAAGAGGGGUGGAAGAGCUUUUGCCUAUUCUGCUUCAGCUCCAUCUGUUUGUAAUCCAGUUGGAGCAGGCUCAAGAUAAUAUAAGCUUCAAAUGCAAAUUUUCACCCAUUUUGUGGUAAAUUUACCAAAUCUGAGCUGAGGGUCAAGUUGGCUCAAGAUUAUCUCUUGUGCUUGUUCCAUUUCCCUUACUCUGGACCCAGGCAUGGUUUACUUUGUAACUGACUGUAAGCCAUGUAGACUCCAGAGCAGCUGAGACCAAGCAACCAAGAGCUCACUGGCCAGUGUGGCCAUUCAGCUCAUCUGCAGAGAAUGCUUGAGUUUGUGCGAGCCAUUUGAUACCUACCCAAGAACCUAUGACCUAUUGCAUGCAGCAGGUCUUUUCUCUGUUGAGCAGAAGAGAUGUAAUAUGUCAACAAUCAUACUUGAGAUGGACCGAAUGCUAAGACCUGGUGGACGUGUAUAUAUACGGGAUUCAGUAUCAGUAAUGGGGGAACUCCAAGAACUAGCAGCUGCAGUGGGAUGGGAGACUGCACUGCAUGAGACUGGAGAAGGUCCCCAUGCAAGCUUGAAAAUUUUGAUUUCUGAGAAACGUAUGUGACGAGCCAGUUGGAUACAAAUCUCUUUCUUGCAAUUAUGUUGUUUCAACUUUCUAAGUUUUUUCCUCCGUGAUUUCAAAUUAUAUAAUCUCUGUUGUUGCGCCUACAUUGUUAGAACAGACUGUUACAACACUUACAUAGCAUCAAAGCAAAAUGUUUAUGUAUUAAAUUAUAAAAUAAAAAAUUAUAA